CAUUCGUUCGUUAAGGAAGAAAACACUCUUUACACGCAUGAGCGACAGGUGGCGCUGAUGCUAGCUGUCACCUGUCAAGGAAAAAGGCGAUAGUGUGUUCUUCCUCGUUCCACAUCAAAACACACGUGUGCCCCCCUUCAAAAGCAGGAGCAGCCAUUAUGGAACUUCGCUGCGCCGUCCAAAAGUAUGCUUGGGGUAAAGCUGGAAAAUCUAGUCUUGUGGCCCAGCUUUCGCAGGGAAAUUCAACUGCCCCUAUAGUUGAGAAUGAUCCCUAUGCUGAACUGUGGAUGGGAACACACCCUUCCGGUCCAUCUGUGAUUAAAUCUUCCAAUGAACCUUUGCUGAAUCACCUAUUAAGCAAUGUUGACUCACUGGGAGAUGAAGAAAAAAAAGUUUUCGGGACAGACCUUCCUUUUCUGUUCAAAGCUCUGUCAGUGGCAAAGGCACUAUCAAUCCAAGCCCAUCCCAAUAAGAAACACGCUGAGGAGUUGUUUGCCACUCGCCCUGAUCUCUACAAGGAUCCCAAUCACAAGCCUGAAAUGGUGACUGCUUGGCUAGGGCCCUUUGAAGCCUUGUGUGGCUUCAGGCCUGUAGCAGAUAUCAAAUUUUUUCUCCAAGAAAUUGACGAGUUGGCCGCAGUGGUGGGAAAGUCGGCGUGUGAGGCGCUAGUCAAGGCCGAAUCCGAUUCAGGGGAAAUGCAAGCGCUGCGUGAAUGUUUCUCCGCUUUGAUGAACACCAGCGAGGAAUCGAUUGCUUCCGCGCUAAAGCAGUUUGAGCAACGCAUCCCGUCUCUUAGUGCCGAGAAGAAGGACGCGCUUCAAUGUGACCUUUUCACGCGGAUUGCCACUGAUUUUCCGGGCGACGUCGGCUGUUGGAGCGUUUAUUUCAUGAAUUACGUGGUUCUACAAGAAGGAGAAAGCAUGUUCCUCGGUCCCAAUGUUCCUCACGCUUACAUUUUCGGGGAUUGCCUCGAGUGUAUGGCAUGUUCCGACAACGUGGUCCGCGCUGGACUGACGCCUAAAUUCAAAGAUAUCGACACGCUGUGCUCAAUGCUCGAUUACCAAGCAGGACCAGUGGACCGCUUCAGAAUGCAGUGGAGCACCGUCGAUGAAUUUUGCCAGACAUGCUCUCCUCCUGUGCCGGACUUUGCCAUGGCUCGUCUGCAACUGCCUGCCAGCGCCACCGUCGACAAACCGUACGGUUUGCCCGUCAGAUCCAACGCCAGCAUCCUUUUGAUCCUGCAGGGUCAUGCCACUAGCGUCGAAACUAAAGAAGACUUGAGUUUCGGUCAAGUACUCUUCCUGAAAGCUGGCCAACAGUUGACUGUGCAAGUCAAAGGCCAGCAAGAUUUGAUCGUUUAUCAAGCAUUCGCUAAUGUUUGAACCCCGACAAAAGGAGUACAGACAUCAGAGAAUGACGGGGCGCGAGAGAGUCAGAAGAAAGAAAUGAAAAAUGAAAAAGAUGAAGAGAAAAAGUGAUGAAAACUGGGAGCGCCUGUCGUCUUUUGUUACUGAGUUCGUGAUAUUUAUUAUGUAGCUCUCAUGGAUGUGGUUGAAUACAAAAAUGGGUUGGUGUGGCUAAAA